AUGUAAUAAUAAACCAUCUAAGAUAUUGAAACAUAAGCCAAUUAGUUAUUGGAGAGUGUGUAUCAGAGGAAAUCUGACAUGAUUACCACUUACAGUAAACUAAAAAGAUAAGAAGAAGUAAUAAUAAAUAAUCCCUUAUAUAAAUAAGGCAUUAGAUUUAGGAUUUGCAUCUGUAGGGUUUCCAGAUGAAAGUAUGGAUUGUGAGGCAGUCUAUGAAGUAAAGAGGCUUUCAAUAUCUUAGAUUCUCCAACCUGGAUUUAUCUUUGAAGUUAUCGUAAGUAAAAAAAACAUAGCCAAAGGAAGGCUAGAUGUCAUUUUACAAAAGUUUCUCGCCUUCAGUGACAAAUGUAUCACCUCCCAACAUCAAGUGAGAUAAGCAGAUUUCCAAUAAUUUAAAAGAUAAAAGCAUUUGCUCUCACAGUUAACUUAGAUCAAUGUCAUGAGGAUGAAAGGAGUAAUUUAUGAAUAAGAUGUGGUAUUGCAUUCACUUAUACGCCAAGAUUGAGGAUUUCUCCAUUUUCACUUAUUACAUUAAUUUUGAGAAAAUUUAAGUGGGCGAUCAUUUAAACGCGGUUCUUAUUGACAAAUCCAAAAUGACUAUGUCUUUGAAAAAUAAAAGUAUUAUGGGUGGUAAAUAAUGGAGUUUGAAGAGUCUACAAAAUCCAUCCCAUUUCGACAGUUGGCUUUAUUUCAGAUUGGGCUAUGCCAAAUAAAUUGGAGUCAAUUUUCAAUAUUAAAUGAUGAGUGAAGAGGAAAAGCAGAAAACCUAAGAGUCAAUCAGUGCCAAUCUCAAAUUUAAAGAAGAAACUGGAAUCUUGAAAAUGGACUAUCAGAUUGAACAGGAUGGAUUCUUUCCAAACAAAUAGAACUACCCAUUCAUGAUGCAAUCCCUAGGCUUGUCUCAGAAUACUUCAUUCACUAAUAGAAAUAACCUAAAAUCAUUCAUGAAGAUUAAUUUAGAUCAUAGAAGGCGUUUAUAUUAAAUUAUUUAUUAUUUCUAGACUUUCAAGUCUAUCUGUCUAGCCAGAUGUCCAAUAGAUCUACGUUCGCAAGCAGAAGAGUCAAAGCAAUAAUUGAAAAAAAUAAUAACAUAAUAAUAUUCACAUUCAUAUAUUCCUCUUAUCUAUUAUACCUAUUGA